CUGUCAAAAAUGAGAAAUUUGGACCCUGGGUAGAUUUGGAGAUCAUGCUACAGUACUGUUUUCCUCGGCUGGAUAUUAAUGUUAGCAAAGGAAUCAAUCAUUUACUGAAGAGUCCGUUCAGCGUUCAUCCUAAAACAGGUCGUAUUUCUGUUCCUAUUAAUUUGCAGAAAGUGGAUCAAUUUGACCCAUUCACCGUUCCUACCAUAAGCCAGAUCUGCCGUGAAUUAGAUAUGGUCUCCACUAAUGAAGAUGAUGGAGACAAGGAGAAUGAAGCUGAACCUGACACCAAGCGUCGUACUAGAGAUUAUAAGAAGACCAGUUUGGCUCCCUAUGUGAAAAGUUUUGAACAAUUUUUGGAAGAACUGGAUAAGUCCAGAAAAGGAGAACUUCUGAAAAAGAGUGAUGCACAGAGAGACUUCUGAAGACAGCGGCUCCCUUUAUACCAAAGUAGAUUUCUCUGACCUUCAACCAGUAGCUCAUUAUAUCCAACCAUGUAAUAAUAUGCUAGACCAUACACAAUAUAAUUAUUGGGUCAUAGCUUACGAAUGUUAACAGCAGUUUAUAUUGAAAAGGUUCCUAAUGCCAUUAAAAAUAUAUUCACAAAUGUAAGGCAUCUGGCAGAAAGAGAAUUUGGUGAUAGUUGGAUUUGAUAUCAUUUUCAAAGUAGAUUUUUUUUGGAGAGGAGGAAUCAGGCUUUCACAGAUUCCAGUUCAUUAGCUUUGUAGGAUAAUUUGUUUAUAACAAAGUGGGUACCUUUAAUAUUUUUUGGUAACAAAAGUUUUCACCUUUUGUUACCAAAAAUAUUAUUAAAGACAUUUGAGCAAUAAAAUAUUCAAGAUCCUAAUUUCAAUUCACUGGAAACAGUUGGGAGAUUUUCCUGAUAGAGGAAGAGUUUGUCCUUAAGUCUCAGCCAGUUAAGCUAAUUGACCUCACGUAUUUUCUGAGUCACAACAGAACUUUUCUGAGUUUCUGUUUGUCUGCCAUUGAUACCCCCAGCGCCCAGCCUUCACAAUUAAUUUUUAAAUAGGACCCAGAACCUUUUUUCCUUUUUAAAAAUUUUUAACUUAAAACAACCCCCCCAAUAAAUGAGCCUUUCCAUACAGAACACAGAGGGAUUGUGUAUGAAACUAUGAAUCUCUGCUUUAUACUUCUUGCUUUUUUUAAAUGAUAAAUUUUAUAUGUUACUUUCCAAACCAACUUGCUUAUCUAUACUUGUUUCUGUUUUCUUCUAUGCAUUUUUAAAAAAUGUUUCAAUGGCCCACUUUAUUUGGCAUCAUAAUUGCUAAUCUGCUUUUUCCUCCACCCCUCCAUUAAAAACUGAAAAAAACUUGUAACACCUCAGUCAAACAAAAUGAAUCCACACAGUAACCAAGUGCAAAAAUAUCUAUCUCUUUCUGUCCUUGAGUCCAUCACUUUUUCGUCAGGAGGUGACAGGCUUUGGAGACAUGGUUAUUCAUUGCAUCGAUCAGAGGUCUUAAAUUUACCUUUCUAGCUUUCUCUUGUCUGAGUUUUCAUUUCAACGUUUUUAUUCAGUGGUGGUCUUUUCUUCAGAAAUGCUUAAGUCUUCCAUUCCAUUUCAUUUUUGAAAUUUUACCCUUACUUGCUGGUUUAACACUAUUGAUACUAAGUAGAGUAUUCUUCAAGGCUGUUUCCAAAGAAACCACUUGUGGCUACUUCUUGUUCCCAUGUUCCUAGAAUCCUUAAAAUUAAGGAACAGUCUAGAAAUAAAUACUGGCCAACCUUACUAUCAAAGACUUAGAGUUAUGUGAUAAAAAGCACCUGGACAUUUUAAAAUAGCCAAAUACUUUACUUUGAAAAUAUAUUUUCAAUUUGGUUUUAUCCAGAUACUUGAUAUUGUGUCAAUAUAAUCCAAGUGACAGAUUUCCUUUAUUUACUAUUAAACUUUUAAAAUGCUUUAUUAAUAUUCUUUUUCCGUAUUAAUGUACUUCCUACCAACUCACCUCUCCCUUGCCCCCAAAUGGAAGCCCUCCAUUAUAGCAAAUUUAUGUAAUCAGGCAAAACAUAUCAAGAAAUUGUCCACAUCCAAAAAAAUGCAUAUCUGAUUCUGGACCUCUGUUCUAUCACUUCUCUACUGUGUCCGUCAGUCAAUAAAUAGUCAAUCAAUAAAUACAUAAGUGCUUACAGGUACUGUGCCAGGUGCUGGAGAUACAAAUAUUACAAAGUCCCUACUUUCAAGGAGCCUUACUACAAUCUAAUGGGGGGAAAUCAUACAAAAGAAAACUGAAAGAAGAUGGUGAAAGGGCUCACAUGGAAUGGUGGAGAAAGCAAAGCCCACAGUGAGUGCUGGUGAGUGAAAAAUGAGACAUCAGUCCUAUUCUCCUCCUUAAAUGGAGGAAUUAAGGGUUCUUUUCUCCAAUAAGAAGGGCAGAAGGUACUAAUAAACAAGGCUGAUUGGAUCUUGGAAGAUGAGAUUUCCCAAUGAUGAGUUUCCUGGAAGCAUGGGAGAAGCCAAAAAAGUCCACAACAAAAGUAUCCAGAUGGGAAAUGGGAUGUCAUCAAGACAUCCCCAGCACUUAGCACAGUGCCUGGCACCUUUGUUGUUGUGUUCAGUAGUGUCUGACUCAUGACCGCAUGGACAUGCUAUAGCAUGCCAGGCCCUUCUAUCCUCUACUAUCUCAUAAAGUCUCUCCAAGCUCAUGGUCAUUGUUUCCAGGACACUAUCCUCUGCCAUCCUCUUUUCCUUUUGCCUUCACUGUUGCCCAACAUCAGGGUCUUUUCCAGUGAGUCCUCUGUUUUCAUGUGGCCAAAUAUUUCAGCUUCAAUAUUUUACCUUCCAAUGAAUAGUCUAAGUCAUUUCCUUUCUCUAAGUAUUGAUUAAUUGAUUUGAUCUCCUUGCUGUCCAAGAGAAUUUCAAGUCUUCUCCAGAACAACAAUUUGAAAGCAUUGAUUCUGCAGUGCUCAGUUUUUCUUGUAGUCCAGUUCUCACAGCCAUAUAUUGCUACUGGAGAAACCAUAGCUUUGACCAUAUGAACCUUUGUCAGCAAGGCGCUGUCUCUCUCCUUUUUGAAUGCUGUCCAAAUUUGCUGUAGCUUUCCUUCCAAGGAGCAAGCAUCUUUUAAUUUCGUGGCUACAGUCACCAUCUUCAGUGAUCUUUGUACCCAAGAAUAUAAAAUCUGACACAGCUUCCAUUUCUUCUGCCUCUAUUUGCCAGGAAGUAAUGGGACCAGUUGCAAGAUCUUAGGUUUGGUUUGGUUUGUUUGUUUGUUUUUUUAAUAAUAAGCUUCAAACCAGCUUUUACACUCUCCUCUUUUACCCUCAUUAAGAGGCUUCUUAAUUUUUCACUUUCUGCCAUCAGAGUGGUAACAUCUGCAUAUCUAUGAUUGUUAAUAUUUGUCCCAGCAACCUUACUUCUGGCUUUUGAUUUGUUCAGCCUGUCAUUUCAUAUUCUAUGCUCUGUAUAUAAGUUAAAUAAGGUGACAACGUACAGCCUUGUCAUGCCUCUUUUCUAAAUUUAAACCAAUCAUUUGUUCCAUGUUUGGUUCUAACUGUUGUUUCUUGGCCAGCAUACAGGUUCCUAAGGAGACAAGUAUGAUGCUGUAGCACCCCCAUCUCUUUGAGGACUUGUCACAUUUUGUUGUGAUCCACACAGUCAAAGGCUGUACUCAAUGAAAUAGAAACAGAUUUUUUUUUUCUAGAAUUCCUUUGCUUUCUCCAUAAUGCAGCGAAUGUUGACAACUUGGUCCCCAGUUCUGUCUCGUUGAAAACCAGCCUACUCUUCUGGUAAUUAUCAGUUCACUUAUUGCUAAAGCUUAGCUUGCAGAAUCUUUAACAGAACCUUGCUGGCAUAUGAAAUGAGUGCAAUUGUUCAGUAAUUUGAACAUUUUUUGGUAUUGCCCUUCUUUUGAUUUGUGAUGUAAAUUGAUCUUUUCCAAUCCAAUGGCCAUUGUUGUAUUUUCCAGAUUUGCUGGCAUAUUGAAUGCAGCAUGUUAGCAGCAGCAUCUUUGAGGAUUUGAAAUAGCUCAGCUGAAAUUCCAUCAUCUCCACUAGCCUUAUUGUUAGCAAUGCUUCCUAAGGCCUACUUGACCUCGUUCUCCAGGAUGUUUGGCUCCACAUCAGUGACCACACCAUCAUGCUUAUCUCAGUUAUAUUAAGAUCUUUCUUGUAUAGUUCUGCAUAUUCUUGUCUUCUCUUCUUAAUCUCUUCUACUUCUGUCAAGUC